AUGGAUACCUCAAUGCCCCUAGUAGGGCGAAGUCGCGCGAUCUUCACUGUCUGUGUACGGUGGUCGGUCUACCAUAAACCGCGUACGAGAACCACGGAUUAUGCUGACGGAGAGCAGGCACUGUUUACAUUCUUGGAUAUCUGUUGUAUUAUUGGAACCCACAAUGGUGUUGGCCAUCGGAUCAAGGACUUUACAAGCCUGGAUAUGCUGCAAACUGCCAUGCUGUGGUGGUGGUUAGGUCAAAUGCUCUACAUCUGGUCAUCGGCAGUUGCCAAGGUUUCAAUCGCCUUGGCCCUUAUUCGUUUGACAGUACGCAAGGUACACUUGAUUAUCCUUUGGAUAGUGAUUGCAGUCGUUAUUGCGAUCGGUCUGAUGUUCUGGCUUGUCCUGCUCUUUGACUGCAACCCAGUCUCUUACUUCUGGGAACGGACUAAUCCACUCAAUUCUGGGACGUGCUUAUCAACCGAUAUCCUCCUCGCCAUCGCAUACCUUUAUAGCGCCAUUACCAUAUUCUGCGACUUUACCUUGGGAAUAUUCCCCGUCUUUUUGAUCUGGAACCUGCAGAUGAACGGGAGGACAAAGGCCGCUUUGGGUGGGAUUCUAAGCAUGGGCGCCAUGGGGAAGUAUCCCCUAUCAAGCCUCACCGGGAAUACCUCCAAGACUGCCGCCUCUCGCGACCCCAGAUAUUGGCGUCCAGAUAUACCCUCGGACGAUACCUCUACCUUCGUUGUGACUGCAGUAUCAUCGCCGGACCGUCUUCACGCUGAUGAUAAUAGCAGUCAAGAGGUUCUGUACCCUGUGCCGGACCCUUGGCUGCCCCCAAACAGUGUCAAUGUGCACAAAACCUUCCGGGUUAGAGAAGAGGAGGCCUGAAUAUCAUCCGACCCUUCUG